GUAACUUAUGACUCAACUUGUAGAGCAGGUCUUUUCUCUCUGCAUCCAGACCUGCGUCCACACACGUGCAGUACUCUGUCGUGACUCCAAACUUAAACUCGUAGCUCUCUUCAGUACUGUCGACGCUCGUAUACAUCAUGCAUAAGACUGCAGAUCUGAACAUGGCGAUGUCCUUCAAGGACGCUCUCUCUAGACUUGAGAACAGUCGCGUCAAGUCGACACGUCCACUCAUCCCGCCUCAAAUCUUGCAAGAGGAUCUGCCAUUGACGCUACUGGCUGCGCACACUGUGCUCCAGGGUCGUUUGGAAAUCGAAAACAUCCUGAAAGGAGACGACGAUCGACUGUUGGUGGUGGUUGGACCGUGCUCGGUGCACAAUCCUGAAGCUGCGAUGGAGUAUGCCAAGCUGUUGAAGCAAUACGCGGAUUCCGCCAAAGAGGAUCUGGUCAUCGUCAUGCGUGUAUACUUUGAGAAGCCCAGGACCACCGUAGGGUGGAAGGGUCUCAUCAACGAUCCCGACCUUAAAGGCAGCUUCCAAAUCAACAAAGGUCUCCGCAUAGCCCGCACUCUGUUACUCGAUAUCGCCAAGCUCGGUCUUCCUGCUGGGUGUGAGUUCCUGGACACCAUCUCGCCUCAGUACACUGCCGAUCUCGUGUCAUGGGGCGCCAUCGGUGCUCGGACAACCGAGUCGCAGGUGCACCGCGAGCUGACAUCGGCACUGUCCAUGCCUACCGGGUUCAAAAACUCCACCGACGGGAGCGUGGGGAUCGCAAUUGAUGCAUGUCGCGCAGCGAAAUCAGGACAUGUCUUCCUCAGUGUCGGCAAAGAAGGAUUGAGUUCGAUCAUCGAGACGGAGGGGAAUCCUUUUGUCCAUGUCAUUCUGCGAGGUGGGGCAUCCGGCCCGAAUUACCAAAGUGAUUUCGUCCGGGAUGCUGGCCAAAAACUACAAAAAGGGGGUGUUGUGCAAAAGAUCAUGAUUGACUGCAGCCACGGCAAUAGCUCUAAGCAGCAUCAGAAACAAGUGGAAGUAGCAGAUGAUAUCGCUCGUCAGUUGGUGGCCGGAGACACCGGCUCUCUGAUCAUGGGUGUCAUGGUUGAAUCGAACCUUGUCGAAGGACGGCAGGAUAUUCCUACCAAUGGAGUAGGCAGCCUGCGGUAUGGCCAAUCGGUGACUGACGCGUGCAUCUCCUGGGAGACCACGGUCCCUCUUUUGGAAAGGCUUCGUGAAGGUGUGCGCGGACGCCGCGCUUCGUCUAGACAGAACACAUCAGCCUGAUUUGUAUUCAAAAUGAACGAACAGCGAUGCAUAACGGUGCAGUCCGUUUGCCUUCGGGCUGACAUACUUGCCCGUCUCCGAGCUGGAUUUCAUGGAGCGAUCGAGCCCAACUGUCCCGAACGGACCAGAGGAUAAGACGCGAGGCCAAUGACAUUAUAAGGCCAAGGUUAAAGCAGCCGGUGCCGAGAGGAUGUCCUGAAAAUCGGGGUUUUGUGGGGAAUUUUGUCAUUCAGAUUACGACAUAAUUCGUUUUAUUCCAGCAAUCAAAAAUGACUCUCCUGAGGCAUCUCAAGUGCGUCCCAUGAGUGUCCCGAACACCCCCGCGCGCGCGGACACAAUCCGAAGCAUCACCAGUGAUAGUGACGAAUCAAGUCUCCACUCUCUCGAAGCCAACGUCUCGAUCGGCCACUUCGUAGCCGAAACCGAGGCAUUCGAGCAAGUCCUUGCGGAGCACGCAGGGUACAGCGAGCAGACCGAUAAGGGCGCCUUUGAUGAUCUUGUUGGGAAGCAUCUCACAGCUUCGGAACGCGCAGCUGCCCGGCAUGCCGUCAAGCUCGCACAAAGAGGACCCGAACCGGAAUGGACUCCUACUUCCUCUUCUUCUUCUUUGACCAACACCAUCGUUGAAGAGCCCGAGUCUUAUUCCGAAGGGCCGGACACCGAUGUCGCUCCCACGGCUGACUCGGAAAGUGAUGACGCGUCUUCAACUGACUGCGACAUCCCCCCUCCUACGCUCUACCGCUCAGGAACUCAGGAUUCGGAUAUUUGGAGGCUCGAGCCGGAGGAGAUCGUGCGGCUGCUGGUCGAAGAGUUUGGCCCCCUGGCUGCGGACGGUGUGGAGGAAAAGCUGAUACUGGAAGCGGAUGGCGGGCUCGUGAAAGACAUAUCGAUUGUCGGGGUGAUCCACCUGACGACGCAUCGGGUGGCGUUCCACGCGUCGCUGCUCGCCACGCUUCCCACCCAGAUCGACAGGGUGAUCAAGGCGGGGACAGUAGUCGUGCACCGCAAGGGCUGGCACGCCAAGCGUCGGCUUUGGCUCGAAUUGUCGCCGGACAUGGUCUGCACGUAUGCAUCUAGCAAAGAAGCCGACAGAAUCCGACCGAUACGUUCCGUUCUGUUGUCUGCGAUCCACAGAAUCGUGCCUAAGGACCCUAAACAGCCGAAAUAUGUUCGCAUAAUCUUCGAGACAAGCGAUUUUUUGGACAAGGGCGACGCCAAGCCUCGUAUGACUGGUGUACUGGAGUUUGAUACGGAGGAAGCUGCGAUCGACUGGAGGAAGGAGAUGGCGGCGGCCGUUUUCUUGUAUCGCCACCGGAAACGGGAGGCUCUGGGUGGCGCCGAUGUCGACAAUGGGAUUCGAUUCAGUUGUCCGCUCGGACGCAUCGAAUCUGUAUCAUUCCUGGACGAGGCCACCCCAUCCUUGGCGUCGCUCGUCAUUCCCUCGGACUCGGAUGAGCUUCCCGAAAAAGGUACCACUGUCCGCAUGGGGACUCUCUAUUCAGCGCCGCCCUGGCAAGAUCUACCGAAGCAUGUGGCAACCUACAAAGCCAGAAGUGGCGAUCAUCCGCAGGCACCUGUCUUUUGCGACAUGGGGCCCCUUGCGUUCUCAGAUGCGGAAAAUGAUGUGGAGGGAGUAGAUCUCCAAGAGAAGAGGAUUCGGUCGGUUCUGGCACUGGGAGCUGAGAAGAGUCUUUGGAGUCAGUCCGUCACCAACUGCGAUUACAUUUCUCCUGAUCUAUGCGCAGUUGUUCGUGCCAGUGUCUAUCGCAGUAUAGCUUCCUCCGGAUUUUUUGUCAUCUCCGACCAUUACGUGUCGUUCUGGUGCAGAUCACUCGCGCAGGAUGACCUCCAGUACCGACUGCCGUUUUCCAUGGUCCGCAAGGCGAGGGAGUUCAGCUCAUUCGGAGCCUGUUCUUUUGGACUCGCGCUCGAGCUUGAGGGCCACGACGAUCUGCGGUUUGUAUUCAGAGCGGACAAGACGCGUCAGGACGCCCUAAAGCGCAUCAACACCAUCUCACAGACUCCCACUCGAUCUGGGUCAAACACGCCGGUUUCACCCACUCCGCUGACAAGAUCGGCGACGACGAUUCUCUCUCCUAUAGAGCGGUCUAUGGCAGCCGUAGUCGCCCGAGGCACCAACCGCAAGGUCGUCGACACUCUCCCCAAAGCAAUCAACAUGCCGCGCGAGCUGCUGACCAAGCAGCCACCCAAGCACUUCGUUUGUUUGACGAUCGGGUCGCGGGGAGAUGUCCAGCCGUAUAUCGCUCUCGGACUGGGUCUCAUGAAAGAAGGCCAUUCGGUCACCAUCGUUACCCACGACGAAUACAAAGCGUGGAUAGAGGGCUUUGGAAUCAAGCACAAACAAGCAGGUGAGAACAAGGUGCUAUCGUCCUUCCUGUCGUUGAGUGGCGGCGUCCUUAUCAUUCAACUCAAACCAGAUGUUUUCGCCCGAGUUUUUCAAGCAGAUUCCGCCCAUGGCUUGACCAAUGUGAGUCGCGCUGUCCAUAUCACGCUCACUUCACCCACAUCAUUCCCAGUAUUACUCGAUUCCUGGGAGUCGUGCCAAGGCGCGGAUGUACUUCUUGAAUCUCCGUCGACGAUGAGCGGAGUUCACAUUGCAGAGGCUCUCAAUAUACCCUACUUCCGUACUUUCACCAUGCCUUGGACCAAGACGUCCGACUUUCCUCAUGCAUUCCUCAGUCCGCCAGUCGACGCCCCUACAUUCAAUAGCGCUUCAUAUGUGCUAUUCACUAAUGUCAUGUGGGCGGCGACAUCGGGGCAAAUCAACCGCUGGCGGCGGCAGACUCUCAAGAUUGGAAACACGGACAUGAACCAUCUUGCGCAAUCGAAGAUUCCCUUCAUCUACAACUUUUCGCCAGCAGUGGUCCCGAAACCUCUGGACUGGAGUGACUCGAUUACAGUCACUGGAUACUGGUUUCUAGACAACCCUGAGGGUGUCAAUUGGACGCCCCCCCAAGAUCUCGUCGAUUGGAUGGCCCAGGCGCGGAAGGACGGCAAGCCCAUCGUUUACAUCGGAUUCGGAUCGAUCACAGUUCCGCAUCCGAACAAGACCACGGCGCGGAUCGUCAAGGCUGUUCUCGAGAGCGAUGUGCGGGCGAUCAUCUCCAAGGGCUGGUCGGCCCGGAUGAGCAAAGUGGACAAGGAUCCCGAGGUGGUGAUGCCCCCGCAGUGUUAUGAGCUGGAGAAGAUCCCGCAUGACUGGCUGUUCCCCAAGAUAGACGCCGCUGUGCAUCACGGCGGUGCGGGCACCACGGGUGCUAGCCUAAGGGCGGGUAUUCCCACGCUGAUCAAGCCGUGGUUUGGAGACCAGUUCUUCUGGGCCAGUCGCGUCCAGAAGCUAGGCGCGGGAUUGAAGAUCUCCAGUUUGCACGGUCACGAGUUGGCUGACGCGUUGACGAAAGCUACGACCAGUCGGAUCAUGAAGGAGAAAGCUGCCGCAGUGGGCGAGAAGAUUAGGGCCGAAGAUGGCGUACACACUGCCAUACAUACCAUUUACACUCUGUUACCCCGCGCUGGAGAGUACAUCGAGAAGAUCCGCGAGCAUUAACGCGGUUGUUGUAUGCAGUAGCAUAGCACUAAAUUAACCACUAAUGUUCCGGCUGAGCAGCGCUUCGCAGGUG